AGUCGGGGAUAAGCCAUCGUGAAUGGUGACAGGUCACACAACCUUACAACAAAAGUGGAACUUUAAAAGCUACACUAUUAAUUGUGCUACACGGACUUAACUGUUCAUGCGUCGUUAGCAAUUAAUGGAGGUUUCCCAUUCUCACCUGCAGAAUGUGGGUAUAAAAGGGCAAUGUAGCUCGACAUCUUGUAAUCGAUAUGGCGACAGUGAAAGAGAGAGCUGCGGCGCUGAAUUUGGCAGGAAAGCUGUGUCUGCGGCCGCCAGGUCAUGGCAUGGUCAACAAACCAGUCCAGGCCUCUGUUAUUUGGAGUGGUGUCAUUGCCAACCUCAAAGGUUCAGUAAAAGUGAAGCGAAGGCGGCUUCACCUGAAGUUUCAUAAUGACUGCUUUCUGGGGUCAGAUGCAGUGGAUGUAGUUUUGGCCCAUAUAGUCCAAAGCAAGUUAUUUGAUGCUCCUGAUGUCUCAAGGGACAAUGUGAAGCGUGUCUGUCAAGCCCUCCUAGACUGUAAGGUGUUUGAGUCAGUGGGAGCAAAAAUAUUUGCUAAAGAUACGCAAGAUGUCUUCCAGGACAGCAAGGGUUACAUCUACAGGUUUCUAAACACAGAAAUGCCCUCUGUGGAUGAACUGGAAAAAGGAGUAAUUUCCCCUGGUAUUCAACACAACUUUUGCAGUGCUAAUGGCAGGCAUGAGGAGAGAGUCUAUUCACAUGGUACACCUUUGAAUGUCAAUCCCUUGUUGAGUCCUAUGAUGGGAAAUACAAGCAUCAGUCCAAGCAAAGACUACAUUGAUUCUUCAUUACCACAGACCUUGAUUGAUGAAGUGUGGCAGGAAGAGACCAUUGUAAGACUGCUGCAGCUGGUAGAGCUCCCUCUGCUGGAUUGUCUGUUAGGAGGCAAAGAGGCCUCCCUGCCUCGUGGGGCACAGAAAGACCUAGACAUGGUUUGCACCAACUACCUGGACCGUGAGGUCCUCAAUGCUUUCAAAGAAUCUCAGGAGGAUGAUUGGCUUAGAGCAGCACUGGACUGUCUGGAGUUCCUGCCUGACCAGCAGGUGGUGGAAGUGAGCCGUGAGCUGCCCUGGUGUCCAGAUGUGGGAGGCCCUGGCAAGAGCCAUCAGCAAUGCAAACUGAUCCUCUAUGAAACACUGGUGAAAUAUUACAGUCAACCGGACUGUUUGCCCCUGCUUAGCAACCACAUGUUGGACGUCUACACAGGGAUUGCUGAACUGCUAGUGAAUGCCAAGUUUGAUAAAGCACUGGAGGCGCUGCAGUUGUGUUUGAAGCUACUGUACCCAUAUAAGAGGGAGGAGCUGCGCACAUUGUUGCGCUUCAUGGCUGUGGCUGCAGACCCGCUAGAAGUCAAGCUGGACAAAGAGAUCAAGAACAAAAUGGUUGUGAGAAAAGGUUUUUGCAGAGCAAUCGUCAACACCAAAUAUCUAGCGAAAGAAAAGGUUGACCUUCUGGUGCUCUUCAUCCUGGACAAUCACCAUGACAUUUUUAAGAUACCAGGAUCUUUGCACAAGCAGGUCAGUGAAAAACUUGCUGAAGUUGUGCAGGGGAAACAACCAGAAAUGACAGGCUCCACCUUCUGUCAGCAAGUCUCAACAAAGAUCUAUACAGACUGUUCUCAAAAAACAACAAAUGAAGAACUGUUGGGUCUACUGAGAAAUAUUAGUGAAGAUCCAAAGCUCAGUAUUAAAGAGAGGAAACGCCUCCUCGGGCAAUUUUACCAAGGCCAUCCAGAAAUAUUUGUUCAGUAUUUUGGAGAUUCUGUGUCAAUGGUCAUUGUGUAGUCAAUGUAAAAUUAUCAUUUUAUUUAUUUGUAUGGGACCAGUAUAUAUGUAUGCAUUUGAUUUUGGAUGAAAGUUAAAUAAAGUCUAUCAACUAAUAGAAA